AUGAUCUGGGUGAACAAAACGCCAUUCCCGCACAAACACAUCGAUGUCGCAUCGCCCGAUAUCGCCGCUGUGGUGCUCUUUACACCGCCGCCAACGUUCGCAGUGUCUGUUUACAUUCCCCCGGAAGGAGACCUCGACGGAAUUCGGACUUUGGAACACGCGCUAGAGGCAAUCCGUCAUGCCUAUCAAUGGGUCUGA